AAGAAGCGGGCCAUGUAGCAAGGGAUUUUCCACAAGGAGGGGUCAUUGGUGGCAGCAAGUGUUACAAGUGUCAUGAAGUUGGCCACACCUCAAAAGGCUGUACGAAUCUAUUCAUGAAUUGACGGAAAACGGAAAGCCGCGUGAACAAUACAUUCCGGAAGCUGUGACAUGCGAUGAAAAGGAACUGUUUAAGUGGGAUCGUCUGUGGGGAACGCUUUAACAAUUUUGAUAAAGUCAUUCUCCAUCGAAUCCAGGAAAAGAUGUACCUCAAUACAUAACAUCACUUGAAGAAGCCGGCCUGCGCCCACUACUACUUCAAAACAUUAAGAAUUCUGGCUACAUCAAACCAACACCUGUACAGAAAGCUUCAGUUGCAGUUAUUCUUGCCAAAAGAGAUUUGAUUGCUUGUGCUGUCACGGGCUCCGGCAAAACGGCGGCGUACUUGGUACCGGUUAUGAACAUAUUGUUAGAACAAGGUGUUGCUGGCCCGUCCCCGCCAUGGUUCAAAAGCCAGAAGUUGUAAUUGUCGCUUGCACUCGCGAAUUUUCGAUUCGAAUUCACCGCGGGUAGUGUAAAUUCUCCUACAAUGCGGUUUUAAAAUCUGUCAUUAUAUAUGAAGGAACUGUAACGAGCCAUCAGCGGUCAAAUCUUCAAGCUGGGUGCAAUACUCUUGUCGCGACCGCGGGGCGACUCGAUUAUUUUCUCGACCUUGGAGUAUUUUACUUCUCCACGGCCAGGUUUUUAAUUUUGGACGAAGCUGAUCGAAUGCUUUAUGGGUUUCGGUCCCGAUAUUGAAAAAAUUGUCAACCAUCCAACGAUGCCUCCGAAAGGAAUCCGUCGUGUUUGUAUGUUUACGGUUUCACUGUCGCACAAGUCGGAAAAAUCGCCAUAUCUGGAAAUUUGGCAAAGUGUGACGGAUUUUGGCAGAACUAUGAUUGAGAAAACAAGAGAGGAUGUGGAGUCUAAAUUUUGCGUCGAGAAUGGCUAUGCCCAAGACGCCAAAGUAACCUAUGGUAACACAGAUACCGUAAUGGUGAAAUUCGGUGUACCCGGUGUACCCACGGUGGCCGAAGCCAUGGAAUUAGGCCGAGAAGCUGCCGCAUUUGUGUCGGCAAAAUUUGUCAAACCCAUUAAUUUGGAAUUGGGAAAAGUCUAUUACACCUAUUUAUUGAUCAACAAAAAGAGGUAUGCAGGAUUGUAUUGGACCAAACCUGAAAAGUUUGACAAAAUGGAUUGUAAAGAUAUAGAAACCGUUCGUCGUGAUAAUUGCCAACUCGUUGCCAAUCUUAUCAAUAGCUGUCUGCAGAAAAUUUUGGUGGAGCGAGACCCGGAUGGAGCCUUAGAAUACGCCAAACAAACAAUUUCCGACUUGCUGUGCAACAAAGUCGAUAUCUCACUUCUGGUGAUUACCAAGGAGCUGACUAAAACAGAUAAAGACUACGCCAGUAAACAAGCACAUGUGGAACUAGCUCACAAGAUGCGUAAGCGAGAUGCUGGUACAACGCCAAAAUUAGGGGAUCGAGUUCCGUAUAUCAUUAUCGCAGCUGCUAAAAACGAACCUCAAGGCGGAAGACCCGAUUUUUGUCCUGGAACACAGCGUACCUAUUGAUGCCCAAUACUAUUUGAUGGUUACCAUACCCGGACGCCUUCAGUUACUUCAAAAAUUGGUGGAUUGGCUAGCUUUACCACAUGCAAAUCCACGUUUGUUGGAUGCAAAACCGUCCUUCCAGACGAUAGUGCUGUAUGCAA